GAGGGUCUACCAUGAGGAGGAGAUGCGGGUUUGGGAUGUGACUGGGUCUUUGUCGCUCCGGAUCCGCAGGAGACGCAUCAUGUCAGACAUCACACGAGUCCUCAUCAGUGACAGUCUGGCAUCUGCUUGUGCCCACAUUCUGCGCUCACAGGGGGGCAUCGAGGUGACCGAGAGUCCAGGCCUGAGCCCCCAGGAUCUCCUCUCACAGAUAAAGGACUAUGAUGGUCUUAUUGUCCGCUCAGCCACUAAAGUUACAGCAGACGUCCUGACUGCAGGGUCAAGACUGAAGGUGGUCGGACGAGCGGGAACCGGAGUGGACAACGUGGAUGUGGACGCGGCCACCAAGAAUGGGAUCAUCGUAAUGAACACUCCCACAGGUAACAGUAUCAGUGCUGCGGAGCUGACGUGCGGCCUCAUCCUCAGUCUCUCCAGGCAGAUCCCUCAAGCUGCAUCAUCCAUGAACCAGGGGAAAUGGGACCGUAAGAAGUACAUGGGCUCCGAGCUGUAUGGGAAGACUCUGGGGAUUCUCGGUCUGGGACGAAUCGGAAAAGAAGUAGCAAUAAGGAUGCAGUCAUUCCAAAUGAAGACGAUCGGAUACGACCCUAUAAUCCCCCCGGAGGUCACAGCAGAGUUUGGGGUUCAACAGUUUUCACUAGAAGAAAUCUGGGGACAGUGCGACUACAUCACUGUUCACACACCCCUCCUGCCCUCCACCACAGGUCUCAUAAAUGACGCUGCAUUCGCCAAGUGCAAACGUGGUGUCCAGGUCAUUAACUGCGCCCGGGGGGGAAUCAUUGAUGAGGCGGCAUUACUGAGGGCCCUGGAGAGCGGGCAGUGCGGAGGAGCUGGACUGGACGUCUUCACCGAGGAGCCUCCUCGGGAUCGGGCCCUCAUAGACCAUCCACUGGUGAUCAGCCUCCCUCACCUCGGGGCCAGCACCCAUGAGGCUCAGAACCGCUGCGGGGAGGAGAUUGCUCUGCAGAUUGUGGAUGUGGUGAAGGAGCGGGCUCUUAUGGGGGCAGUGAAUGCCCCGGCUCUUACCAAGGCCUUUGCUCCAGAGACUAAGCCAUGGAUAAAGUUGGGUGAAGCUCUGGGUCGUCUUCUUCGCUGCCUGUUGCCAAAAGUGAAUGGAGAGAUCCAAGUGACCACCACAGGGGGGGCUCUGAAGAAUUAUGGCUCCUUCCUCUGCUCGGCUGUUGCCAUUGGAAUUCUCCAAGAUGAAGACAAGAAGGUGAACCUGGUGAACUCCUGCAUCUUCGCAAAGGAAAUAGGAAUCCAGGUAACGUCUCGUCAUUCGGGGGACUCGGCAGAGACGAGGUUGGAGGUGUCGGGAGGAGGUCUGACCUUAGUUGGGGGUCUGAGCGGUGACCUCCCCGGCCUCAUUCAGAUCGGACCCUCUCGGUUCAGGAGUCCGGUGUCAUUGGAGGGAACUCUACUGCUGUGGACGGAGGAGACAAAUCUACCAAAACUUGUGGAGGUUCUUGCAGCAGCGGGGAGUCAGCUCCAGAGUUUCCAUGUAUCCGGAGGAUAUAAUGUGGCGGAAGUAUCGGCCCCCCUCUCGGAUCUGUCGUCUCUGGGGUCCUGCCAGCAGAUCUCCCUAUAAUUCUCCACAUGAAGUGUUUCCGGUCAUUAGUUACUGAAAUAUUAAUGAUGUUAUUAAAGACAAAGCUUCUAAUUA